AAGAAAGCAAAAACUCUACAUGGUGUAUAAAGAAGAAAAAUGCAGAAUUCAGCAGCUUCUUCCUUUCCGACUGUUGACUUAGUUUUGACCUUCGAAAUUUGAUCACUUCCUCACAUCACAUUCCAUGGUGGAUUUCAAUUUUCAUUCCAAUUAAGAAUAUAUGCGAUAGCCCAAUCUUGACAUGGAUGACAAACAUUUUCACUGGAGCCAGUGGCAACUGCUCGAUUCUAUCCUUCCUACUGGAGGCUUUGCCCAUUCGUUUGGUCUCGAGGCUGCAAUACAAGCUCGCAUUGUCUCACAUCAGGAAGAUCUUAAAAACUAUGUGAUCCAUUUGUUAGACAACACUGGAAGUUUGCUUCUUCCCUUUGUGCAUUCAGCCACACUAUCGCCUGAUUUUGAAACUUGGAAAAAAAAUGACAGAUUAUUGGAUUCAAUGUUGACUAAUGAAGUUAGUCGAAAGGCAUCUGUUACACAAGGGUCAGCGCUUAUGAGAGUUGCAGCAAUAGUAUUUUCUGAAAUAUCAUCUCUAAAAGCCAUGCGGGAAACAACCUUGUCUGGGACUGGGGCUGUUUCGUUCCACCAUGCUCCCAUCUUCGGGCUAAUCUGCGGUCUACUUGGAUGGGAUAGCACAAUGUCACAGAGGGCAUAUCUGUUUAUUACCAUGAGAGAUGUUAUUUCUGCUGCAACAAGAUUGAAUUUAGUAGGACCCUUGGGUGCAGCUGUGUUGCAACAUCAGCUUGCGCUUGUUGCUGAAGACAUAUUGAAAAAAUGGAUGAACCGUCCCGUUGAAGAAGCUUGCCAAACCGUUCCUCUGUUAGAGACAGUACAAGGAUGCCAUAUGUACCUGAAUUCUAGACUGUUUUGUUCUUGAAAAGUUUUGAAGUGUUAAACUGUUUUCCUGUGAUUUUGGGUAUAGGUGUCCCCUUCUUUCUUGGUCUGUGCUUGAAACUAGUAAAAUGUUCACCCGUAACCUAGCAGAUAAAGUACAGUACAUUCAUUUUAGAGAUUAGUUGAAUAACUUACACAAUUAGUGACUUUGGCACUAGAGGUUCAAAAAAUGUGUUACUAUCAGAGUGAAUUCAAUAAUGGAGAUUUGUUGGCAUUUCAACAUUCCUUCUUCUUUCAUGGCAUACCCAGAAGAAAAUCCAAUGUAUGUCUGAAUGGCAUGCCAUGAUUUGUUCUUGCUCGUAUAUACCAUUGUCUCUUGUUUUUAAGGA